CUUCAAACCUCCAAAGAAAAUGGCGAAUCCUAACUCCUCGCAUCGAUCACAAUCCCCAUCGCCACUCCCUCACAUUCACAAAUCCUCCACCAGCAAUCGCACCGCGAAACUCACGAAUGAUUCAUGGAAACGCGAUCCGCCAAGCGGAAGAAGCCGUGCCAGAAUCCGCCGCCGGCCGACCUCGACGAUGAGGAUCGCGUCAGCGAUCUCCCCGACGACAUCCUCCACCACGUCAUCUCCUUCCUCCCGAUCAAGUCAGCCGCGCAGACGAGCGUCCUCUCCCGCCGCUGGAGAGACCUCUGGUAUUCCUUCCCCGAUCUCGAUUUCACCACCGCCUACAGCCCGCCGCACAUCGACUCCGCCUGCCGCGACGCCGAGAGGCGAGUGCGGCUGCACGUCGCGCGAUGCGCCGGCUACGCGGAUCAGAUCCUCAGCCUCCUCGAGAAGCACUCCGACGUCAGAGUACUCCGAUUCCGAGCGUCGCUGACGUUCUCGCGCCUCUCCGCCCUGAUCCGCCACGCCGUGAAGCACAACGUGCAGGAGCUCGACAUCGAGGUCUCCACCUGCGAUUACUUCAAUUUCCCGCGCAGCGUGAUCUGGAGCAGCACGCUGCGUUCGCUGCGUCUAAAAUCAUGCCAUCCUGGCUUCCGCCUGCCGCCUCUCGAGAUCAUGAAGGACGGAUUCCGAUCGCUCUCGGUUCUAUCUCUCUCGCGCCUAAUUCUGUGCGAUCAGCCGCAUCUCACGAAUCUGUUCACAGAUUCGUCGUUUCCUCUCCUUAAAAAGCUGCACCUCGAAGCGUGCUUCGAUUUGAAGCAUCUCAGAAUCGAAUCUCCCGCUCUCGAGGAUUUGAGCCUCGAGAACUGCUAUCAGCUACAGGAUCUGGAAAUCCGCGUCCAGAAACUGAAGAAAUUGAGAGUGCGGAGCUGUUUUGAUGCGUAUAGCGUUAGCAGUCGGGUGGAGAUCGUAGCACCUGAUCUGCAAAUCAUGUUUUGGUCGUACAAUGCUGUCACUGAAGAAUGUAUUCUGCAUGACUUGACUCAUCUACAAGAGGCUCUUGUAGGUUUCUACCUCCUUCCUGAAGAUCUUAGUGUGUCUAAGAUCAGAAGUGUGUGGAAUUUCUUAUCUGGAAUUUUGAAUUGCCACUCUCUCACUCUUGAAAGCCAGUGCAUCGAGAUUCUAUCAAAACACAAUCAGUUUGUAGGAUUAUCUCUACGUUCAUUCAACAAACUCAAGUACCUCGAGCUCGCCACCGCCUUUAACAAGCACAACAACUCCGGAUUAGCAAGUAUAUUCAGGUGCUCUCCCACCAUCCACACCAUAACCAUCAUGAUCAUUCGCGACCGCAGCGCCCAACAACAAGAAUGGAACAAGGAUCUGUGGCAGUCCACGAGCUCAGGCGAAGAGCGACACUGGGAGUCGCAGGCUCAGUCGCUGAGCUCGUUUCUCCAUCACCUAAAGGUGGUGAAGAUCCAUGGAUUCACAGAGUGUGCAAAUGAUGUAAGCCUUGUGAAGUUCUUACUCAAGCAUGGGAAAGUGCUGCAGCAAGUGUUUCUAAGCGCUAGUCUUUCCAAGGGCAGAGAUUCCCUUCUUAGAGAGAAGAUCAAAUCACAGAUUUUGGGAUUUUCUAGGGCUUCUUCCAAUGCUAACAUUGUUUUUCAGUAGUUCUUGAUUUGAUCAUAGAAUUCAUUUAUU